GACGGGGAGGAGCCGGCGCAGGUAGCUCGGCUGCCGCCCGGGAGCGAGCGUGGGGUCGCUGCGGCGGGAUGGGGUGGCUCCAGGCCCGCCGCCUCGUCCUGCUCGCCGCCUGCCUGGGGCUCUGCGGGGAGCGCGGGGCGCUCGGAGCAUCUUUUUAUGGUGAAAGCUAUGUGGGGCUCAACAUCAUAGAAGUUUCCUCUGAGUUAUCUCUUCAAUUAAAGUUUCAAACCAGCAAACCACAAGGAUUACUUUUUCUUGCAGCUGGGGAAAAUGAUUACUGUAUGAUAGAACAUCUAUCAGGAAACUUACGGGUGAGAGUUAAUUUGGGGACAGGUGAACAAGGGCUCCUUUCUGAGAAAAGACUUCGUGUGGAUGACUUGGUUUGGCAUUUAGUGGAAUUGUACUGUUUUAAGGAUAAUAUCUCUCUGGUUAUUGACAAACAUUAUGAGAUGACUGGCCAGAUCCCCGGCGGGAUGCACGAUUUGCACUGUCAGCGUGGAAUCUACGUAGCAGGCCACGGUGGACUUGAUGUCCCGUGCCUAGAUGGAGAGAUCCCCAAUUUCCGUGGAUGUAUGGAGGAUGUGGUGUUUAACCAGAGGGAGAUCCUUAACAUCCCUUAGAUCUUACCCUGGUUUUAAGAAAGUUUAUGAGGUGUCACUAGGCUGCAAUGAUGAAUUUUUUGCAGUGGAGGAUGAAGCCAUCAAUUUCUUUAGCUCCAGGUCCUAUGUCUCCUUCCCAGAAUGGAGGGUGCAAGGGGAUGGGCUAUUUGAAUUUGCUUUGCAGACUGGAACUCAACAAGCCUUGCUUUUAUUUCAGUCAGUUAGUGACAACCAGUGGCACGUUAUUCAACUCAGAUUCACUGAAAGGUAUCUGGACCUGAUGGUGGAUGAACAGGGAGUAAGGACAUGGCUGCCUUUACAAAGCAAACCGUUUGUAUCUGAAGGCCCUCUCUGCGUGGGAGGUCUUGAUAGCCUCAAGGGAGAAGAAGUUAAAAGGUUAGAACUUGCCUCUGUGCCUAGGAAAUGUGCUCAAGGAAUCUCUUUCAAAGGGUGCUUAAGAGGCUUGGAAGCCAACUCAGAAAAGAAAGCAUUAAAGGAUGCCCUAUUUCCAAAGAUAUAUCUGCUGGGUGUAAAAUGAAGAGUGGUGAUAACAAAAACCCUUCUGUAACAACCACAGAAAAGCUGCUUCAGGCAGAAGUUCCCCUUUCCACGGCCGACCCUGAGGCUGGGCAUGAAGAUGAUAUUCCGUCAGAGGCAGUGUUCAUUGUUAGAACUCCGCCAGUGCAUGGAUACCUCCAAAGAUCUUUAUCAGAGGAGGGCAGCUUGGUACAGAUGAAAAGUCACCUUUGAUUUUUACACAACAGGACAUUGAUGAUGGUUAUAUCCAUUAUGUACAGACAACUCCUGACCAACAACAGGACUGUUUUUUACUGGAUGUGAUGAAUGGCUUCCAAGCUGUGAGUAGACUUGAAAUCUUGGUGGAUAUUGUCCCUAAGUGGAUUCCUCUGGCGGUACAAAAUGUCACAGUCCAGGAAGGUGGUUCCAAAGCACUUCCAGAAGACUACUUCAAAAUUCCAAGCAAACAUUUUGAGGGACUUGACUGUGAAUUCGUUCUACUCAAACCACCAAAACACGGUUAUGUUGAAAAUUCUCAUUUUCCAAGAGUAAAGCUAAUGAAAUUUACCAGGAAACAGGUAGAAAAUGAAUUGAUUUCCUAUGUUCAUGAUGAUAGUGAGGACCUUCUUGACAAUUUCACCAUCUUUGCAAAUAGCUCAGAGCUUGGAAAACAGAGUUUGCCUCAAACUCUUUCUGUGACUGUCGAAUCAGUAAAUGAUGAGGCUCCAGUAAUAACAACCAAUAAAAUCCUCCAGGUGUGGGUGAAUUCUGUCACUGAGAUUACCAGCGGUGAGCUCUGUGCAGAAGAUGGGGACUCCUCCCCGCAGGACCUUGCCUACUUGGUCUCUCCACCCAGCAAUGGGCAUUUGGCUCUCAAGUCCUUUCCUGGCCUAAGCAUGCAGAACUUCACCCAGGCUCAAAUCAGUGAGGGUCAGCUAGUGUUUGUACACACUGGAGCAAUGUCAGGACGCUUUAAUUUUCAGGUUACUGAUGGUUUGAACUUUACACCACAACAAAUGUUUAGUAUCACAGCUCGAGCUCUGAUCAUUAGCUUAGAAGUAAACAGAGGACUGAGCAUCUCUCCAGGAGCUGUUGUCAAGGAAGGAGACAAAGUUCUCAUCGGCCAAUCUAAGUCAGAUGCUUCCAACCUCUUACUUAAAUUGCCCAAACCUCAGUGUUCUUCAUAUGAAACUUGGUUCCAAGUUACAUCUCUUCCUCACCGUGGAACUAUUAUGGUUGGGGAGAGGAAUAUUACCAAAAGCAAACCCAGUUUCUCUCAGUAUGUAAUUAAUAAACUUGGAAUCACAUACCUUCACGAUGACUCUGAAUCACUAGCUGACAAUUUUACCUUCGCCGUUUGGCCCAACCAAAAGAGCAAGUCCACCACUAAGCCAGAGGCUGACUUUCUUGAAGAGAUGUUUCAUAUCACCAUCACUCCUAUAAAUGACAAGGCACAAGAAUUAAGGACAAAGGGCUUUGGUUGAAAGUUCUGCAGAGCAAUAGGUUGGUUUUAGGACCUGAAAACCUAAAAGUGGAAGAUCCAGACAGUCCUCCAGAGGAGAUCAGAUAUAUGAUCAUCCGUAAACCUAAUAAUGGCUUUUUGGCAAUGGCUCACCGUCCACACAUACCUGUUCAGCAUUUCACACAAGCCCACACUGAUAACUCUCAGGUGUGGUUCAUACGAGAUGGAAGCCCAUUCUCCGGAGUUUUACUUCAGUGUGACCGAUUCCCAACACCGCCCACUCUACAAGCUCUUCCACCUGGAUGUCAUCCCCAUCUCCAUCACCCUCGUGAACCUCACUGACCUACUUCUCCCACAAGGCCAGACAACCGUUCCCAUCACCAGUGCUCACCUGUCAGCAGUGACCAAUGGGAGGAGCCCCCAAAUCACAUACAAGAUAACACGGCCCCUCCAACAUGGGUAUCUGCUCGUCGAAAACCAGGUGGUCAUCAGCUUUGGACAGGAGGAUCUGAAUUCAGGAAAGCUCUCUUACCACAUGACAUACCUCACUGCCUCAGAGGACCAGCUACGGUUCUCGCUGUUUACAUCAGGACAAACACUGCGCAGCAGGGUGCAGCCUUUACUGCGGGUUAUGUCAGAUCUGACAAUUGCCAACAGAGUGGCCCAUCAGCUGAGAAGAAAGGACCUUGAUGCUACUGAGCUUGCUAACAGGACUAACAGUGAUCCCAAAUCUGAAGUGACAGAACUCCCCGUCCAUGGCAGACUUGUACGAAGAGUGGCCCGGGGCACCGCAAUGGAAGACACGACUGUUCACUCAGAAGGAUGUUGACCAAGGACUGUUGUUGCUCGAGCCACACACCAGUCUAACCGGCACGGAUAGGCUGAAUGACUCCUUCACGUUCCUGCUCAGGGCAGCCCACAUACAGCCAGUGACAGGUUGUCUCCCCUUCACCAUAGUGCCGCCUGACCCCUUUCUUUUGCAGACCUUUACCCCUGAUGUUUCUUUACUAGUCACUGCAGAUAAACGUGUGACUUCAGGUGUCUCUCAGGAAAAGCUUGUGGUGUCCUCAGGACCUACAGCACAGACGGGAACUCUGGGGAAGCUGACCCAGACCAGAUGGCAGGAAGCAGAUCCCUGGGGACGACACAGCGGUGAAGAGCCCACUCUGGAUGUCAAGGCCUCUCCCACCAGAGUCAUUUGGCCACUGGAUGCCACCAAAGCCAGCCCUGGGCACCCACCCAGCCCAGGGAGGGCAGCCUUCUUCUGAUAAUCAUACCAUUUGAACCCACACCCCCAGGUCCUAAGCCGGAAAGGAGCAUAGCUGUUCCCACUGUCAAAGUGAUGGUUCUUCUAAAAAGCUCCAACAGUCCUCCGGUCAGUCUUUUCAGGGCCCAACAAUGUGAGCACAUGGAAAAAAUCUCCAGUCAUUGAGCCAGUGGAAAAAUGUGCUCCUUGGGAGACGUGUGUGAAUCUGGAUCCUGACAUGGUCAAGCUCUGCCGCAAACCAACCCAACAUUGAAGCACAACCAGUACUGCGUGUAGACUGAGGGUGCUUGUUCCUUACUGACCACCUGCUGUGUGUCAGAUACUGGGAUACAAAGACAAAGAAAUGCUGGUUGGAUCAACUGAGAAAAGCCCAGCCCUGCCACCCCUUGGUGUUCUGUUGUAGCUCCAUGGUUAGGUGUUGGCAGGUGUUUACUGUAACUUUUAUACAACACUCAUGUUGUGGGCUGUCCACAAUGAGCUUUGUGUACCCUCUUCUGGACCUGAUGCUCUGAGUGUACGUAAGAUUUUGCCACUAUUUAAACCCUUUACCAAGGUGUGACAGAACAUGCUGGCCCGACUGCAGAUUAACAUGGGAGCUAGAGUUAGUGGAGGAAGGCUUUGACUGUUUUUCACUGAGGAUUCACUCGGAGUGAUUCAACGAGGAAGUACAAGAGCUGCUUCUGCAAGUAGGAGAGGUGGAGCACAUCAGGAGAAAAAGAAAAAAAGGGGAGUAAGAUAUUUACAAAGGUUGCUUUUCUCUCCCAACCCAAUUUUAACUGUUCUUUGUGGAAACAGAUUUCACAGUCUACAGAAUAAAUGGAAGCAUAGCCUAUGUGGGCCUAGAGACAACUACCCUUGUCUUAGAUCCUCGGAUGUAAUGCCACAGACAACUGUUGCCACCAUCCCUGGCCAUGGACAACUGUUGCUGAAGAAGACUUCUCUACUCCUGUUCCAAAAGUGAUUCCCUCCUGCAUUUCUGGAUUCCUCAAUUUUAUGUACCCCCCUCAAGUGUUUUUUUGUAUUUGAUCCCUUUGGAAAGGAGGAGGAAUGAGAGUCUUAACCCAAUGUUGGCUUGAUCACUGUGCAACUCAGAAUUGUUCUUAGGCCUGUGCUAAGCAGUUGGGCACUCAGAAGAAGCAGAAUGGCGGUGCUUGAGCUUAUACACAGAGAGAGAAGGCUGAGGAGCAUCUUUGCAUCUGGUAAGUGGGCCUUUGCUCUCCCUUGACUGGGCAAGGAGAAUACCUGUUCUUUGCAGAAGAGCCAGACAUACUUGUCUCUGUGACCAUGUUGGCUUCUUCCUUGCUUCAGCCAUAAAAUCUCUGGAGCUAGGACUACCAGCCUGGCCAAACAAAAAAGUCUGAUUUCCUUCCUCUUUUUCCUGUUAAAUCUGCAACUCCAGGCCAAUAAAUUUGGUGUCCAUAUUGGAAUGAGACACACACAAGUGCUUUAAAAUGAUAAUUCACAUUGUUUAUGAGUGUGCCUGCUACAGCAAGAACAUCAGUGUGAGACCCAGAUGCCAAGAAUCACUCAUUAAUCAUGUAAUUCAUAUGCAGCUUGGGCAGAUUUCUUCCAGAGGAUCUGGGAUAGUCUACCGGUUCGCAUAUGCGUUCAAUUUAAAAAGCAACAAUGCCUAUCAUUUGGU